AUGUCGGACACCACAAUAAUGUCGUUUCUUUUUUUUUUUUUUUUUUCACGCGUCGUACCAAACAACACGACACGACACGACACGACACACACGCGUGGAAUUCUUCUUCAAUGGAAAGAUUUUAUCAACAUCUAUUCUAUUCUUCUUCUUCUUCUUCUUCUUUUUCUUCUUCUUCCUUCUUCCUUCUUAUUCUUCUUCUUCUUCCUUCUUCUUCUUGUUCAUUCAAACAUGUUUAGACAACUGAAAAGACGUACUGCUGGUAGAAGAAAUUUUGAAGAUAAUAAUAAUAAUAAUAAUAAUAAUAAUCUUGAUGAACCAGAAAUUUCUAAAUAUCUUAAUCCUUCAUCAUUAUAUAAUUCAAGAUUAUCAUUUUAUGAUUUACCACCAAUACAAGAAAUUACAUUAGAACAAUUUGAAACUUGGGCUAUUGAUAGAUUAAAAAUUUUAAUUGAAAUUGAAUCAUGUUUAGCUCGAUCUAAAUCAUUAAAAGAAAUUGAAUCAUAUAUUAAACCAUUAUUAUUAAAAUAUUUACCAUUAAAUCCAUCACCAGGAUUAUUAUCAACAACAACAACAACAAUAGAUUCACAAUCAAAUAAUAAUUAUAUAUUAGAAAGAAUGAAAGAUCAUUAUAGUCAUUUUAUUCUUCGAUUAGUUUUUUGUCGUAAUGAAGAAUUAAGAAAAAAUUUUAUUAAAAAUGAAACGAUAUUAUUUAAAAUUAGAUAUAAUUUAUUACAACCAAAAGAACAACAAGAAUUUAUUGAAUUAAAUCAUCAUAAAUUAAAUUGGCAAUAUAUUACAUCAGAAGAAAAAAUUCAAUUAAAUCAACAAUUAUUUAAUUCUAGUGGGAAUUUAAUUAAAAAUCAAUUUUUAUUAGAUGGAGAAAAUUUAACUAAUGAUCAAUUAAAAAAAUUUAUAAUGUUUAAAGAAAAUUUUAUUAAAUUACCAUUUGAAAAAAUUUCUACUAAUAAUUUAAUUAAUAAUCGAUCAAUUUAUUUAUUUAAAGGUUAUGGAUAUUUACCUAGUUGUUUACAAUUAAAUUUAUUAUCAAUUGAAUUUAAUAAAAUUUUAAAUGAUAAUUUAAUUAAAACUUUCCAAACAAUUCCAAUUUUAGAAGAAGAUGAUAGAUUAUUACCUUUACUUAAUAAUUUAUCGAAAAAUUUUAAAAAUUUUCAAUAUGAAUAUGAAUAUGAUCAAAAUCAAAUUAAUAACAAUAAUAAUGAUAAUUUAAAUUCUGAUAUAAAUGCAAAACUGAUAAUAACUUCAAAAAUUAUUAAUCAUUAUCCAUUAUGUGCUCAAAAUUUACAACGAAAUUUAAUUAUUAAUUCUCAUUUAAAAUAUGGUGGUAGACAACAAUUAGGAUUAUUUUUAAAAGGUAUUGGAUUAAAUAUUGAUGAAGCUAUUAAAUUUUGGUCUUAUCAAUUUACAAAAUCAAAUUCUUUAUCAUUAGAAACUUUCAAUAAAGAUUAUAAAUAUAAUAUUCGUCAUCAAUAUGGUUUAGAAGGUGCAAGAAUUAAUUAUAAACCUUGGGAUUGUUCUAUUAUAUUAUCUAAACCUCGUCCUAAUUAUAAAAAUUUGGAAUAUCAUGGUUGUCCAUAUCGUGAUUUUAAUUUAGAUGUAUUAAUUAAUAAUUUAAAUAAUAUGGGGAUAACUGAUCAACAAGAUUUAAAUACAAUUAUUGAUGAUGUUAAUAAACAUGAUUAUACUAUUGCUUGUACAAGAGUAUUUGAAUUAACUCAUGAAAAACAAUUGAAAAAAAUUAAAGAAAAAAAUAAUAAUAAUAAUAUCAAUUCAAUGAUGCAUAUUAAUCAUCCAAAUUUAUAUUUUGAUAGAUCAAGACAAUUAGAAAGAAGUGAAAAUAAAGAUAAAGAAGUUAAGGUUGUUAGUGGUGGUGAUGGUGGUGUUGGUGGUGAUGGUGGUGAUGAUGAUGUGUCUAAUGAGUAA